AAACAAGAAGCUACAACGAUUUAAUACGAUAAUUAGUUUGGUUUAAGGAAAAACGACUGGAGAAACAAUGUCAAGUACUGAGGAGUCGACUAGCAAGAUACAAUUUAAGAAGAAAAAAGUUAAAUCGUUAAGGAAACGAACUGGAUCUUCUGAUGAUGAUUCUGAUGGUGAAAGAGAGACGGUCAGAGAUCGAUUAGAUGAGAUGAAAACUAUUCAAAAACUCCGCCAACGACCCCAUGGUGUUAAUAUCGCUGGACUGGCGCUUGGCGAAAAAGUGACUGCAGAUUUGACGUCUGAUCCUUUCAACGUUAAAAAUGGAGGAAUGGUGAAUAUGGCAGCACUGAAAAAUACGAAGCUUAAGCAGCCGGACGAUGCAUAUGAUACUGGAAUCGGCACGCAGUUUAGUGCUGAAACAAAUAAGCGAGAUGAAGAUGAAGAAAUGAUGAAAUACAUUGAGGAACAGUUGUCGAAGCGUAAAAAUAAAAAUCCCAGCACAAGCGAUGCCCAUGGUGAUGGAGACGGAGGUAGUUAUUGCUCACCGGAAGAAGCAGCUCUACAAGCUGUACCUGAACACUUGCGACAAAGUUCAGCUAACAGAAGCGAGGAAAUGCUUUCCAAUCAAAUGCUUUCUGGUAUACCAGAAGUUGAUUUAGGGAUAGAAGCCAAGAUACGGAAUAUAGAAGCUACCGAAGAAGCCAAACUUAAACUGCUCUGGGAAAGACACAGGAAAAAGGAUGGACCUUCUCAAUUCGUUCCCACAAACAUGGCUGUUAAUUUCGUUCAACACAAUAGAUUCAAUAUCGAAGACUCGGAUGUACAGAAGGGAAAGCGAGACGCUGAGGAAAGAAAGAGACUCGCAGCUCGGAAAGACGAUGCUAAUGGAAAGCGGAAAGAUAAUGGAGAAAAGGCGACGGACGAUUAUCAUUACGAACGGUUUAAGAAACAAUUUCGAAGAUUUUAAACUUUUACUAAACAACACUAGGUGUAAUGUAUUUGCUGUACAUUUGGAUUUAAAUCCAGGAUAAAUAUAUAUUAU